GAGAAAGAUGAUAUAAUAUAGUUGAUUUUUUAUGGAUAUAGAUGCAAAAAUCUGAAUAAAAUCUUAGAAAACUGAAAAGAGAAAUACUUUAAAUAAUUGCCCAUGUAAUUCCAGAAUUACAAAGUUGAUGUAAUAGUUACAAAACACAUUACACAAAUAAGAAAUAAUAAAAUCUUUUAUCACUAUAAUAUAUACCAAAAAGGCAUUUCAAAUACACUUUCUAUUUCAAAGAAACUAAAAAAUAAUAAUAAAGAAUUUUUUAAAGGGUAUGUUUUAGAACCCAACAUAAUAUUUGAUGAAGCAGAGUCAUAUAACCCCAGAAUAUUAGAGCUGUAUGGGGCCUUAAAAGUUAUUUAAUUCUGGCCCCAUCUUUUACAGAUGAAAAAACACAGCCAGGAAGAUGAAAUAACACAGCCAGGAAGAUGAAAUGACUUACCCAAGGUCACUGAGCUUGAUGGUACGUCUAUUUGACUAUUAGUCUAGUUACCUAUUACCUGUUAGUUUCCUUAUGCAUAGAAACAAAGGUGCCACCUGUCAUUUCAAGUCUUUAACAUAAUACUGAAGAGCUCUUAGAAAAGGAUCUUGGCAGUAACUGAAUCCCAUCCAUUUACCCUUGCUUCUGCAUUUCACGUGAGCCGUCAUCCAGCCAUUCAUCUGGCUUCUGCUUCCAAUAUUUGGGGAACCCUUUACUUAGGGGUGCUGAUCCUUUUGGAAAUCUCUACUUCUUGAAAGAUGGUUCUGUGUAGUGAACCAAAAUCUGCCUUUCUGGACCAUCCUGGAAUUGUCAUGCCAGUAGCUUCCAAGAUAGAAUGUGUGACGAUGUGCACAGGUCUCCAUUGAAGGAUAGGGAAGAAAAUUUCUAUGUAUGUUAAUUUUUUAUCUUACAAAAAAAGUAGCUUUUGCUAAUAUUUAAAAUACAGCUUGAUAUGAGAAUCCUAAUUUGUUCUACCUAGUAUACAGAUAUAUAGCAUUCCUGUCAUUCAGCAGGGGUGAUAGUAAAACAAAAAACCCCACAAAACUUGUGGUGAGCCACUGACCAAUCAGAAUGAAUGAUGGUCACAGUCUGUUCCAAAAUUAGCUGGCACACCAGACACCAUGAAGGAAAAUUGAGAAUAACUCAAUUUAAGUUGACAGUGGUUUGUUUUAUUGCAGUUUAUCUGUGUAUGGUUAGGUAGAUUUAAGGAUUGUCAGCCAGGUGUGGUGCCUCAUGCCUGUAAUCCCAGCAUUUUGGGAGGCUGAGGCGGGCGGAUCACCUGAGAUCAGGAGUUUGAGACCAGCCUGGCCAACAUGGUGAAACCCCAUCUCUACAAAAAAUACAAAAACAAUUAGGCAGGCAUGGUGGUGCAUGUCUGUCAUCCCAGCUACUCAGGAGGCUGAGGCAGGAGAAUUUCUUGAACCCAGGAGGCAGAGGUUGCAGUGAGCCGAGAUCAUGCCAUUACACUCCAGCCUGGGCAACAAGAGUGAAACUCCGUCUCAAAAAAAAAAAAAAGGAUUGUCAAAUGAGUCUUGUCAGAAACCCAUAAAUUGAAGAUAACAGAACAAGCACAAGAAAAAAAUGAUAGAGCCCUUUCCUUGACCUCUCACUAAUCUGCCCUUUUAAGAUGAUACCAUUUUAACUAUUAGAAGGUAACUGCCUUUCUAAAGGAACUCAUUUUAUGAAGAGAAUAUUUUGAAAACUAAUAUUUAGGAGCAUUUUCACCAUUCUAUGAUUGCCCAAAAACUAAGUGAUACUUAUAUAAACACUAAAUUUUAUAUACACAUAAUAGUUGGAAAUACUCCAACCUGUAAAAAUAUUUCAGCAAGGCUGGGCGUGGUGGCUCACGCCUGUAAUCCCAGCACUUUGGGAGGCCAUGGUGGGCAGAUCACGAGGUCAGGAGUUCCAGACCAGACAAGCCUGACCAACGUGGUGAAACCCUGUCUCUUAAAAAAAAAAGAAAUUUCAAGGGCUGGGCGAAGUGGCUCACGCCUGUAAUCCCAGCACUUUGGGAGGCCGAGACGGGUGGAUCACGAGGUCAAGAGAUCAAGACCAUCCUGGUCAACAUGGUGAAACCCCGUCUCUACUAAAAAUACAAAAAAUUAGCUGGGCACGGUGGCGCGUGCCUGUAAUCCCAGCUACUCGGGAGGCUGACGCAAGAGAAUUGCCUGAACCCAGGAGGCGGAGGUUGCGGUGAGCCGAGAUAGCGCCAUUGCACUCCAGCCUGGGUAACAAGAGCGAAACUCCGUCUCAAAAAAAAAAAAAAAAAUUUCAACAGGAAUUGUUUUCAUGGGUUUAAUUUGUUAAAAAUAUAAAAGGCACCACCUUUCUGUUAAUUUGUAACCACUAAUUGACAUCAGGGAAAAUGAAAAUUUACUAGCUGGAUAUCAACCAGAUUUUUGUAUUAUUGGCAGUUGAGAUUCAAAAAUGAAUAAAGGAGUCCACUUCUUCCAUUUAGAUAUCCUUUCACUUGGAUCUCCCUGUCUCCUUAUUUUCCUAAUGAAUAGAAAUGAUUAUUACAAGCUGGGCAUGGUGGAUCACACCUGUAGUCCCAGCUACUGGGGAGGCUGAGGCGGGAGAAUGGCUUGAGGCCAGAGUUCAAGGAUCCAGAGGUGAUUGCUCAGUGAUGCUAAGCCUGGGCCACAGAGUGAGACCCUGUUUCUAAAUUUUUUUUUUUUAAUUUAAAGUAAAAAGAGAAAUGCUUCUUAUAACCACAAAAGGAAGUAAGAUACACACCUAUAAGUAAAAAUAAAUAAUUAAAAAAUACUUUCAGCAGCACAUGUAUUACAAUUGGAACAAUACAGAGAACAUUUGCAUGGUUCCUGCGCAAGGAUGACAUGCAGAUUCGUGAAGCAUUCCAUAUUAAAAACAAACAAACUUCCAGGCCCGGUGUGGUGGCUCAUUCCUGUAAUCCAAACGUUUUGGGAGGCCGAGGUGGGUGGAUCACUUGAGCCCAGGAGUUGGAGACCAGCCUGUGCAGCAUAGCGAAAUCUAAUCUCUACAGAAAGAUACAAAAAUUAGCCAAGUGUGGUGGUGCACGCCUGUAAUCCAAGGUACCUGGAAGGCUGAGCGGGGAGGAUUACUUGAGCCGGGAGUUUCAGUCUGGGUGACAGAGACAGACCGUUUAAAAAAAAAUUAAAAAAAUUUCUGGAAGAUGAAGUGACAAUACCUAGAAAAUACAUGUGAAUUAACCAAAAUUUACUGUAGGUAAAAAUGAAUUUAGCAAAGUUGGUUUCCUAAAUACAACCCAAAGUAGAGCUACAUGCUGUAAUAGUUCCAUCUACCUGACAUUUCUAGAAAAGGCAGAACUGUAGGGAGGGAAAAUAUCUGUGGUUGCGCAGGAGCUGAGGGUGGGAAGAGGGAAUUUACUACAAAGAGGCACGAAGAAACUUGUGGGGGCAGGGCUAUUUUGGUUUCUGUUAUGAUGAUGUGUAUGUAUACGUUUGUCAGAAUUCACAGAACGGCUCACUGAAGAAAGAUGGGGCCGGGUGCGGUGGCUCACGCCUGUAAUCCCAGCCCUUUGGGAGGCGGAGGCGGGUGGAUCACCAGGUCAGGAGAUUGAGACCAUCCUGGCCAACGUGGUGAAACCCCGACUCUACUAAAAAUACAAAAAUUAGCUGAGCAUGGUGGCAUGUGCCUGUAAUCUCAGGCUGUAAUUGGCAGGCCGAGGCAGGAGAAUCACUUAUACCCAGAAGGCGGAGGGUGCAGUGAGCCGAGAUCGCUCGCAGCAUUGCACUCCAGCCUAGCGACAGAGAGACUCCGUCUCAAAAAAAAAAAAAAAAAAAGGAAAGAUGGAUUUUACAGAAUGUGAAUUAUAUCUCAAUAAAUCUGACUUUAAAAAACAGAUCUAGAGGCAAGGUGCGGUGGUUAGCGCCUGUAAUCCCAGCACUUUGGGAGGUGGAGGCGGUGGAUCACCUGAGGUUGGGAGUUUGAGACCAGCCUGACCAACAUGGCGAAACCCCGUCUCUACAGAAAAUAAAAAAAAUUAAAAAAAAAAAAAAAAGCCAGGCGUGGUGGUGCAAGUCUGUAACCCCAGCUACUGGGGAGGUGGUUCGCGCCUGUAAUCCCAGCUACUCGGGAGAAUCGCUUGAACUCGGCUGGCGGCGGAGGUUGCGAUGAGCUGAGAUCGCGUCUUUGCACCCCAGCCUGGGCAACAAGAGUGAAGAGUGAAACUGUCUCAAAGAAACAAAAAACAAAGAAAACCAGAUGGAGAAAAGGUGAUUCCAUUCCCAAAAGGGGAGGGGGGAAGAUCAUUAUAUAGGUUAGUGUUCAUUUAAGUCAGAGUACGAGAUUUAUCCCUGAAAAUCACAGCGGAGGGAUUAAGCGGGAUGCUGGAGUGGGCCAGGCGGGUGGGAGCUGCCAGCCUGGGCGAGGCCUGGGCACUGGAGCUGGCUGCAGGAACCCGCCUUCUGGAGUCCCAGGCUGAGGAGACAGUGAGUGCCCGUCCCGCCCCGGGUCCCCACUGCAGACCUCCUACAGGCCCUCAGCCCCUUCCCUGGGCCCCCAGCCAGGCGGGAGCUCGAGCGCGAGCUCCUCCCCAGAGCUGCUUCUCGAUACCUUGGUCCUCCCCGCACCCCUGGACCCACUGCCUGCCCCUUGCUGGCCCCCUCUCACGUGCCUGUCCCUCAGCACCCUCUUCCUUUCAGCUACCAUUCCCUCUCCCGACAGUGGCUGCCCCCCGCGAGGACACUGAGAUCCAGAAGGACGUGCAGUCACAGCUGUUCUCCCUGCUCCUCACUCCACUGUCGACGCUGGGUCAGACCUACUACGGGCGGGUGCUGAAGAAAUCGGCAGACCUCCAGACCAAUGCCUGUGUCACCACAGCCAGGCCGGUCCCCAAGCACAUCCGGGAAGCCUUGCAAAAUGUACACGAAGAAAUAGCCCUAAGGUAUUAUGGCUGUGGUCUGGUGAUCCCUGAGCAUCUAGAAAACUGCUGGAUUUUGGAUCUGGGUAUCGGAAGUGGCAGAGAUUGCUAUGUACUUAGCCAGCUGGUUGGUGAAAAGGGACGUGUGACUGGAAUAGACAUGACUAAAGGCCAGGUGGAAGUGGCUGAAAAGUAUCUUGACUAUCACAUGGAAAAAUAUGGCUUCCAGUCAUCUCAUAUGACUUUUAUUCAUGGCUGCAUCGAGAAGUUGGGACAGGCUGGAAUCAAGAAUGAGAGCUAUGAUAUUAUUGUAUCAAACUGUGUUAUUAAUCUUGUGCCUGAACAAGUGCUGCAGGAGGCACACUGGGUGCUGAAGUAUGGUGGGGAGUUAUAUUUCAGUGACGUCUAUAUAAGCCUUGAACUGCCAGAAGAAAUCAGGACACACAAAGCUUUAUGGGGUGAGUGUCUGGGUGGUGCUUUGUACUGAAAGGAACUUGCUAUCCUUGCUCAAAAAAUUGGGUUCUGCCCUCCACAUUUGGUCACUGCCAAUCUCAUUUCAAUUCAAAACAAGGAACUGGAAAGAGUUAUCAGUGACUGUUGUUUUGUUUCUGCAACAUUUUGCCUCUUCAAAUGCUCUAAGACAGGACCAACCAGGAGAUGCCAAGUUAUUUACAAUGGAGGAAUUACAGGACACGAAAAAGAACUCAUGUUUGAUGCGAAUUUUACAUUUAAGGAAGGUGAAAUUGUUUAAGUGGAUGAAGAAAUGGCAGCUAUCUUGAAGAAUUAACGAUUUGCUCAAGAUUUUCUGAUCAGACCAAUUGGAGAGAUGUCAUCGUCUGGAGGCUGUUCUGCUUUAGAGUUAAAGGUUGUAAUCACAGAUCCAUUUAAGCUUGCAGAGGAGUCUGACAAUAUGAAGUCCAGAUGUGUCUCUGAUGCUGCUGGAGGCUUCUGUGGCACAAAGAAAAGCUGCUAAAUCCACAGCCAACCAGGGGACCACAGCAGUGAUUUGCAUGGUUUUUAACCUGCUUUUCCCCAUGGCAGAGACCAUAAGAAACAAUUAAUGGGGCUGGGCGCAGUGGCUCAUGCCUAUAAUCCCAGCACUUUGGGAGGCUGAGGCAGGCAGAUCACCUGAGGUCAGGAGUUUGAGACCAGCCUGGCCAACAUGGUGAAAUUCCAUCUCUACUAAAAAUACAAAAAAAUUAGCUGGGCAUGGUGGCGCACAUCAGUAGUCCCAACUACUUGGGAGGCUGAGGCAGGAAAAUCGCCUGAACCCAGGAAGUUGAGGCUAAAGUGAGUCAACAUCACACCGUUGUAGUCCAACCUGGUUGGCAGAGCAAGACUGUCUCAAAAGAAAAAACAACAACAAAUGGUAGAGAGCCACCAUAUUCCAAAUUAAUGAAAAAGAAAUGAAUUAUUUUUAGGAGGUAUUGAUUAAAGGUUCACAGCAAAUCAUAUGAAGACAAGUUAAGCAGACUUUUUUUCUAUUUCCUAAUUCAAAGUUCUGGUGCCACAUAGUGGUCAAAAAUGGAACAGAGAAGCUGUCUUAAGGCUUGUUCAUGAAGCAGGAAAGGCAUCAGAAGAAUAACAGUUGACAGAGGGACUCAGGAAAAGUAUCUUCCUUUUGAUCUUUUGCAUAGCACCUUUUGAACUUUUCACUACGUUUGCUUAUUAAACAAAGCUCCUACUAAUGCAAUCAUACUAAUCAUGCCAAAAGAUUGCCAAAUCAUGUUUGGUAGGAGAACUGUUGAGGUAGUUUUCAAACAAAUGCUUUUUUUUUUUUGAUAUGGAGUCUUGCUGCUCUGUCGCCCAGGCUGGAGUGCAGUGGCACAAUCUCGGCUAACUGCAACCUCUGCCUCCCAGGUUCAAGCAAUUCUCCUGCCUCAGCUUCCCGAGUAGCUGGGACUAUAGGCAUGUGCCACCAUGCUGGGCUAAUUUUUUGUAUUUUAGUAGAGAUGGGGUUUCACCAUGUUCACCAGGAUGGUCUCAAUCUCCUGACCUCAUGAUCCGCCCGCUCCAGCCUCCCAAAGUGCUGGGAUUAUAGGUGUGAGCCACCGAACCUAAACAAAUGCUAUUUUUUUUCUUUUUUUUUUGUAAUUGAAUUAAGAAAACAAAUGUAUCAUAGACAUUUUUGAACCCAGUGUCUCAAGGGAAUAAAUGAAUCAUAAAUAUCUUUGAAUCACAAAUAUCUCACCCUAAUGACUGAUGACAUAGUGAUUAUCUAUUGUAAAUUAUCCCAAAAGGAUCAGGAAUAGAGUUUGUUUUUUAAAAAGAGAGCUAAGAGAUGUAAAAAUGACCAGGUAUGGUGGUCUCAGGUGGUCCCAGACCUGUAGUCCCAGCUACUAGAGAGGCUGAGGUAAGAGGAUCGCUUGAGCCCAGGAGUUCCAGGCUGCAGUGAGCUAUGAUCAUACCACUGCACUCUAGUUGGGUGACAGAGCAAGACCCUGUCUCUAAAAAAUAAUAAAAAAAAUACUCUGGGCAUGAAGGCUUAUGCCUAAUCCCAGCACUUUGGGAGGCCAAGGUGGGUGGAUCACUUGAGGUCAGGAGUUUGAGACCAGCCUGGCCAACAUGGUGAGAUCCCAUCUCUACUAAAAAUUCAAAAUGUAGCUGGGUGUGAUGGUGUGUGCAUGUAAUCCCAGCUACGUGGGGGGCUGAGGCAUGAGAAUUGCUUGAACCCGGGAGGUGGAGGUUGCAGUGAGCCAAGAUUGUGCCACUGCACUUCAGGCUGGGCAACAGAGUGAGACUCUGUCACAGAAAGAGCAAAAGAAGGAGGGAGGGAGGGGAAAGAAAGAAAGAAAGAGAGAGAGAGAGGAAAGAAAGAAAGAAAGAAAGAAAGAAAGAGAAAGAAAAAGAAAAGGAAGGAGAAAGGAAGGAAGGAAAGAGUAAAAAUGGUAGGUUUUCUUUUUCUUUAUAAGGUGUCCUGGUUAAACUUUUAGCAAAGUGAUAGAUUUAGUUUUUCAAUAGUUAAAUAAUAAUAUGAAGAACAUUAAAGAAAGGUUCAAGGAUGGUAAAUAACUUGAAUUCCGUCUGUACUUGAAGACUUUAUUGGAGGACACAGAAAGUUAUAAGUCAUGGUCCUUAUCAUCAGGAACUGGAUAAUUUAGUUUUUAAAUAAUAAGCUUCAGGGUGGGCGUGGUGGCUCACACCUGUAAUCCCAGCACAUUGGGAGACCAAGCCAGGUAGAUUACUUGAGCUCAGGAGUUCAAGACCAGUCUGACCAAUAUGGUGAAAACUCAUCUCUACUAAAAAUACAAAAAUUAUCCAAGCACAGUGAUGGGCGCCUUUAAUCUCAGCUACUUGGGAGGCUGAAGCACAAGAAUUGCUUGAACCUGGGGGGUAGAGGUUGCAGUGACCAGAGAUCAUGCCACUGCACUCCAGGCUGGGCGAUGGAGGGAGACUCCAUCUCAAAAAUAAAAGAUAAAGAAAGAAUAAAGAAAUAGCCUUCAGCCAGUCAAGAGUUUUGAUACGAGAUCAACCAGUUGCCUUGGACUCCGUACAAAAAGGACCAGGGGCAUGGCAUUGUCCAGGGGAUUUUGGAUGAGGAGUCUGAGAAUUUUAAGGCAUGUAAAACAUUGGAACGGAUUCUAUAGGAUAGACUUCUGUUUUAAGAAAGUUGUUUAAAAUGGAGAAAUUCUUAGAUUUCUGAGUAGGUUCAGCUAUAGAGCCUAAUGUACUAUUACAGACAGAGGAAAGAACUAGGUAGUUAUUUUCUAAGCCCUAUUCACCUCUGUGACCUUGAUUUUAAACAUGCUUGCUUGGUUCUAGAGUUCCGUGUCUACCUAGUCGUGACCUACUUUAAUGUGAAAAUGGUACAUUACAUGUACAUUAAAUGGUACAGUUACAAUGGUACAGCUGGGAUAAGCAUACUUUGCUCUUCAUGAGCACAAGAUGGCCCUGCUCGAGAGGAAUUGAUUGAAAGGUGUUCUGUUGUCUGGGUGUGGUGGCUCAUGCCUGUAAUCCCAGCACUUUGGGAGGCCGAGGUAAGUGGAUCACUUGAGGCAAGGAGUUCAAGGCCAGCCUGGCCAACAUGGCAGAACCCUGUCUACUAAAAAUACAAAAAUUAGCCAGGCGUGGUGGCCAAGGCCUAUAAUCUCAGCUCCUGGGUGGCUGAGGCACAAGAAUUGCUUGAACCCAGGAGGUGGAGUGAGCCAAGAUCACAACAUUACACUCCAAUCUGGGUGGCAGAGCAAGACUCUGUCUCAGAAAAAACAAGGGGGGGGGUUGUUUAUUUGGUUUAUUAGGCUUUUCGGCAUUUAGAAGAGGGUAUUAAGUUUUUACUUGUCAUUCUGAACUCUCAGUUCCCCAAAAAGAUGUUGAGUAAUGAGAUUGGGCUGGGCAACUUUGCAAGACCCCAUCUCUAAAAAACAAAAUUUUUAUUUAUUUAUUUUUUAAAGAUGGAGUCUUGCUUGCUCUGUCACCCAGCCUGGAGUGCAGUGGCAUGAUCUCAGCUCACUGCAACCUCCACCUCCCAGGUUCAAGUGAUUCUCCUGCCUCAGCCUCCUGAGUAGCUGAGAUUACAGGCACGCACCACCAUACCUGGGUAAUUUUUGUAUUUUUAGUAGAGAUGGGGCUUCACCAUGUUGGCCAGGGUGGUCUCAAACUCCUGACCUCAUGAUCCACCUACCUUGGCCUCCCAAAGUUCUGGGAUUACAGGUGUGAGUCACUGUGCCCAGCCUAAAAAAUAAAAAUUAAAAAAAAAAUUAUGGAAGCCUGCAGAAGCUUUUCAGCUUACCAACUCAGGGAGGCCCAGCAGUAGCCUCAACAGGCUCCCCACCCCCACGUCCAGCCAUGCAUAGCUUAAAAAAUAACUUUGUGCCAAGACAGCCCCAGAGCCUGCUCCUCCUAUUGAUUCCCAGCCUUUACUUGGAUGGCUCCAAGGAAGCAUCUGAGGUAGUCACUCAUUCUGUCAUGUUAAGAUGGAAAUUAUAUUAAAUGAGUCUGGCAAGGCAUGGGAACCUGUCUAUCCUUUGUUUCAUUCAUUCACUAAAUAGUUAUUAUCCUCCUGUGUACCAGGCACUGUCCUAGGCACUGGUUGCUAAAAUGGAAUAUGAUGAAUCCCAUGGGCCAAGGGGACAGACACUGCUGAAUGUGUUUUCUCAACUUUGUUGGUACCUGUCCUGACUUCUGUGAUUUGCCAAAUUUCUUCAACCAGGCACCACAAUUUGGGUCCAAACAAAGGCUCUUUUGUAGACGCUGCCCCAAGAAUCAGUAGAGGGAGAUUGCACUAGGUUAAACAUGAACUCUUUUUGAGGUUACAGUGAGCUAUGAUCGUGCUACUGCACUCCAGCCUGGGGGACAGAGCAAGACCUUGUCUCUCAAAAAAAAAAAUUAUUUUGCAAAUAUGAAGCUGGAAUUAUACAAUCCUAACAAUAACCUAUGAUGAGCUUUACUGCUUCAUUCUAGUUCAACCGCUGACUUUGCAAUUCCUGAAAGCAUAACUCCCACUGAUGUUAAUGGGAGUGUUAGGUGACUGUAAGUUUUGGACUUAAUUUCCUCCUGCUGUGUAAGCCUUGCUUGUCUUGGACACAGAACCGUAACAGUUCCCUUCCCCAGUGGGAACGUGGUGGCCCCACCUUCCAUGUAGCAGGGCCAUGCUCCAGUGCAGUGCUCCAGGUGAAGGGAAGAUCAGGUUAGAACCAAAAUGUUCUGCCCUAAUAAUACUUCAUUGCCUCAUAUAGUAACACGAUGCCUCAUAAUACAUUCAUUGUCCAGAAGCCAAAGAAAGUAAAAAUGUAGACUGGCCAGUCAAUGAUGUUCUAGACACACUGUAGGCCAGACUUGGGUCUGGUAACUUUUUCUUUUUUUUAGAAAUGGGGUCUUGCUAGCUUGUCCAGGCGGGACUUGAACUUCUGGGCUCAAGUGAUCUUCCCACCUCAGCCUCCCAGGUAGCUGGGGCUGUAGCCGCAUGCCAGUGAGCUUAUUGCUGACUUUUAAACUAGGCUGAAAGCCACUAACCUUUUUCUCAUUGGUGGAGUGAAACCAAUGCAGGACACAGCAAGCAGGUAUUCUUUCAGUCCUGGCUUUUGCUGAACUAGUUAUUUGGCCAUAGGAACGUCAUUUCUCCACUUUGGGAUUCACUUUUCCUGUCUGUCAAAUGAAGGCAUUGAACUUGGAAGACUCUCAAGUUCCCUUCCAGAUGUAGAAACAGAUUUAUGGGUCCAGAUUCUAUAGAGGUCACAGUGUAUUUUACAAUCAGUUGCUUAUAUUUAUAAAUCAGAAAAUUCUGUAUAAAAUGUGAAUUUGGGCUGGGCAUGGUGGCUCAUGCCUGUAAUCCCAGCACUUUGGGAGGCCGAGGUGGGCAGAUCACCUGAGGUCAGGAGUUCGAAACCAGCCUGGCCAACGUGGUGAAAUCCCGUCUCUACUAAAAAUACAAAAAUUAGCCAUGUGUGGUGGUGCAGACCUAUAGUCCCAGCUACUUUGGAGGCUGAGGCAGGAGAAUCACUUGAACCCGGGAGGCGUAGGUUGCAGUGAGCUGAGAUCAUGCCACUGCAUUCCAGCUUGGAUGACAGAG